CAUUCAUACCGACUCAAGCCAUCAUAACAUGGCGAUAAACAUAGACGCCUGGAUCCUCCACAUCCAGCAAAACCCAGUAGUGGUGGUCUUUCUCGUCGUCGCCCUCUGGCUGUUUGCACGAUGGAAUCAACUAUCCACACCCUCACCUCCACCCCAAUCCCUCAAACAUGAGACCCAGAACCAAGACACCUACCCCCCAAUCACCCCCCUCCCAUCCUUCAACUGGGAAACCACCGAGCCAACCAAAUACCGUCCCUUCAAGCCCAAAUACCACCUUAGCAUGGCCCUAACAACAACCGACAUCUCCCACCUAAUCCCCAUGGACAAAACUUACAAAGAGCGGCUCGCCCUCCGCCAAAGCCUCCUAGCCCAACACCCCACCGUCGUCGUGGGCGUAAUCCCCGAAGGACAAAAAAAAGGAAGUCCCGUCUUCGCCGCCAUAACCGAGCUCUACGAGUUCAUAGUAGGCGUAUACCUCCCCACCAGAUACCCAAGCAUGUUCACCCUCGAAGACUCCGAACCAAACACAUCGAGCAAGACCCUCUACAACAAAACCACCAACCAACGAAUCCCCCUCCCCCACCCCGGCACAGGACGAGAAAUCCUCACUACGCUAGGCACCUUCGUCGACGAGGACUUUCUCGUCUUACUUCCUGAUCCUUCCACCACCAAUACCCCUCCAUCCCCCUCUGAAAAAGCACCCGAAGCCGAAGGCGUGAAAUACACACUAGAAGCAUACACGACCUUCUACCCAGCCGGGUUCGACACGCGCGAGAAACUCGGGAAGAGACUCUCGACCAUCCAUGAUCCCGUGCCACGGUACAAGGAGAAAUUGGAGAAAAGCAUGGAUCGAUUCUUUGCCCGAUUGGAGGUAGGGAAGGUCGUACAGAGAGUGAACUGGAGUGUUACAACGGAGGGGACAUCGCUGUUUGCGGCUUUCGGGGGCGUGCAUGGGGAUGAGGGGAAGAAGGAGGAGGUUAUGGGUGUCGAGGAGGUGGAUGGGGAAAUGACCCGUCUCCGCUGCGAACGCCAAACCCUCCACCGGCUACCAAAGACCAAAGCCCUAAUCUUCACCUUCCACACAUACACCUACCCCAUUCAAGAAAUCAAGGACGAAGGACUCGGCGAGGACCUAGCAGCGGCCAUUGACGGGUUAAAGGAGGGUAAUGUACCUGAAAUCCAUCGGUACAAGCGAGGGCCAGUAUGGGGGGAGGCGGUUAAGGCGUUUUUGCGGGGGUAGAGAUUAUUCCCUGCUGCUUUAUACCAUGAUUUUAUCAUAGAUAAGGAAUGGAAUGGAAUGGGAUAUAUAGUAGUACUGCAUGUG